AAAAGAGACAGGAAAAGAGAGCCUCAAAUUCCAAUUCUUCAAUCUUCAAAGCCGCCAAUUUUCCACUUGAUGGGUCUCACAGACGCAGCCCCUUCACCAUAAAUUUCAUUUCAAACCGUUCUCUUUUUUUAGUGAUCCUUUAUUUCAUUCAAUAAAUACGUUAUAUUUUUGCUUUUAUGACCAUUUAGACCUUUAAUUACUUCUAAAACAUGUUGAAUACUUUUGUUUUCAUAACUUAACUUCAAAAGCCAAUAAACAGAUCAAUACCAAACGUAUUCUUACAACUUAUAAUUAUUCAUCUUUAUGUAAUUCUAAAUUCUAAUUCAUUAACCUCUCUUUACAAGAAAACUCUCUUAAACCUUUCUAAGAUUCUUAUUCCUCCACAUAACAAAAAAAUUUCAUCUAGCUUUUCAUUUUUUUUUCUUCUGUAGAUUUCAUAAAAACAUGAAGAACUCAAAUAAUCAACAAUCAUUAAACUCUAUUUCAAGACAUUUCAAUUCUAAUAAUCUUCAGCUUAUUCGUUUUCUUUCUUAUUUUAUAUUUCUAGCUUUUGGUGUCACAAUUGGUAUCAUCAUCAGUUUCUAUCUUAAAACCUUUAAUCUUAGUUUUCAAUUCACACAAUUUUCAUCACAAAAAGAAUCACAAAUUCCGUCUCCGCCGCUGCAACCGGUAGUAUAUAAUUCCAGCCUCAAUCAUACUCAUAUAGGAUUGAAGAAAUUUAUUGAGCCUUCUCAUGUUGUACAUGAUUUGAGCGAUGAUGAAUUGUUAUGGAGAGCUUCGUUGAGUCCGAAAAUAGACGAAUAUCCUUUUGAUCGAGUUCCGAAGGUGGCCUUCUUGUUCUUGGUAAGGGGUCCUGUAACUUUGGCUCCUCUGUGGGAGAAGUUCUUCCAAGGGCAUAAUGGGUAUUACAGUAUUUAUGUUCAUUCCAAUCCAUCUUACAAUGGUUCAGAAGUUGAGAGUCCUGUGUUUCAUGGAAGGAGAAUUCCUAGUAAGAAAGUAGAAUGGGGAAAAUUCAACAUGAUUGAAGCCGAGCGUCGCCUGCUAGCAAAUGCGCUUCUUGAUUUCUCAAACCAACGAUUCGUUCUCAUAUCAGAAUCCUGCAUACCACUCUUCAACUUCUCAACAAUUUACUCAUAUUUAAUGAACUCGACACUAAACUACGUGAUGGCAUACGACAAGCCAAGUUCAGUUGGUCGCGGACGGUAUAGAAUUAAAAUGUCCCCCACGAUCAAACUUAGACAAUGGAGAAAAGGGUCACAAUGGUUUGAAAUGGACAGAAAACUUGCAUUAGAAGUAAUAUCAGACAGAACAUAUUACCCAACUUUUGAAAAAUAUUGCACCGGUUCAUGUUAUGCUGAUGAACAUUAUUUGCCAACAUUGGUUAGCAUCAAAUUUUGGAAGAGGAAUUCAAAUAGAAGUUUGACUUGGGUUGACUGGUCAAAGGGUGGACCCCACCCAGUAAAAUAUGUGAGACCAGAGGUUACUUGUGAAUUUUUGGAGAAUUUGAGGAACCAAACAUGUGAGUAUAAUGGAAACAGCACAAAUGUUUGUUUUCUGUUUGCUAGGAAAUUCUUGCCAACUUCAUUGACAAGGCUCAUGAGGUUUGCUCCAAAGGUCAUGCACUUAUAAUAUAAUUCAUUAGUUAUAAGUUACAACUAUACAAAAGAUUUCAUUGAUUCUUUUUAUCUAGCAAUUAUUUUAUUUUAAUUUUUUUUAUAUAGAUUAAUUCACCAAUCAUCAUAAAGUCUAUUUGCUCCAUGGACUUGGUGAGUUUUGUAUUGGAUUUCAUAUUUCAUGCUACUAUGUAUGUAAGUUAAGAUUCAUAAUAUUAAAUGUACGUAUAUUAGUAAACUAUAUUAAAUAAAAGAAAGUUGGUGGACAAAAGUAAAGCA